CACACACCAGAGCCAUUUGUAGGGUUGGUUCUGACGAUUAACUUAACAAUACAAACUAUCCUAGAUCGAGACUUUUUCAUAUAUCCUUAUCCAGGAUACGUCGGUUAGUGACAUUCGACAGUGGCAUCAAAGCACCUGCUCACAAGGCCAUCAAAAUGGCACGUAGCAUUCUCCGUGAGAUGGCGCAAGCUGCUAUCAGCAACCCAGUGCCCAUUCUCACGGUCAUAGUUAUUGCAAGCGCUGUGUACCACUAUGUCUACAAACCGCUGGCAGCAUCCCCUCUACGGCUCAUACCUGGCUCCAAAGUCUACGCAGUGACGAAAUGGCGUCUGGCGCUCGAUGACUAUUAUGGCACAAGGACUCGGAAAAUACAUCAGUUGCACCGGAAGUACGGAACAGCCGUUCGCAUCAGUCCUAGUGAGGUCUCGUUCUCAUCUCUCUCGGCCUUGCGUACCAUCUACGGCGCCGGCUCAGGGUUCGAAAGGACCAGCUUCUAUCGCAUGUUCGACGUUUAUGGACGACAAAACUUAUUCACGUUUGCGGAGGGGAGAAAGCACAGCGAGAGGAAGAAGCUGCUUGCGCACGCUUACUCAAAGAGUGUGGUUCUAUCAUCGACUGGCAUCGCCAGACCCCUCGUGGAGAAAAAUGUCAAGAGUUUCCUCGCUCUUCUCGAACAAGAGAAGAGUGUUGCAGAGGAGAUAUUUCACAGUUUGCAUUGGUUCAGCCUUGACAGCAUCACUGGAUUUUUGUACGGAAACAAACACGGUGGAACUCAUGCGCUGGAAGGAAACAAAGCGGACAGGAUGAUGCUUAACGACAUCAUCGACCCCAGCAGGAGAAAGCUCAGCUGGUUCGUUGUUCAUCUCAAGACAUACACGAACUGGCUCUACACGAGAACCGGCGUCACGGAGAAGCUUGUCACAGCUCUGGGUCUUCUUCCCAUGAAGAAGCCAGCAACAUACACAGGUAUUCGAGCUCACGGCUUGCGAUCAUGGAAAGAAUUUGAAUACAAUACUAUCGGCGACGGGGAGUCAUACGAUGACAGAGCAAUCAUUUCAAAGCUAUGGCAACACAGUAAGAGCGAGAAAGAACCCAGGCUCGAUGGCCUGGAUAUCGCGUCCGAGGUUGCAGAUCACUUCUUGGCCGGGAUCGAUACGACCAGCGACACUCUGAUGUUUGUGAUAUGGGCACUCUCCAGGCCUGAGAAUAAAAAGUACCAAGAACAAUUGAUAGCGGAAUUGGAUCUCAUACCUUCCAUCUCCCGUAACGAAGACGGAAAUCCGACAGCGGAAGUCGCGGACAAAUUGCCUUUUCUCGAUGCAGUCAUUAAAGAAGGCCUCAGACUGUACGCCCCAUUACCGGCGUCGGAGCCACGCUCGCUACCUAUGGACACCACAAUCGACGGAUACCACAUUCCUGCCGGCACAGUUGUCAGUAUGUCACCAUAUACCCUGCACCGAAACGCAGCUGUGUUUCCAGAGCCUCUCAAGUUCAAGCCAGAAAGAUGGCUGGGAGACUGUGGGGAUGUUACAGAGAUGAGGAAAUGGUUCUGGGCAUUCUCAAGUGGUGGAAGGAUGUGCAUUGGCAUACACCUUGCCAUGGCAGAGAUGACGACUCUUCUAGCAGCCCUCUAUUCGCAAUAUACAACCGACGAGCAAGACAAGCAAAAGAACGUAAGCCCCGGAAUCACAAGUCGGUUUGAAGUAUUCUCCGACGAAACUUUUCCUGUAGUUAAGGAGCACGAGUGCUGGAUCAACUUUACAAAACGAGAAUUGAGAAACGCCGCCAACUAAGUCGUGGUAUAUUUUCCAUUCCAGCUUCAGGAUUACACAACUUCUUUUUACAAAUCCCAGGCUCAGGUAGAAUCGCCCAAACAUAACCAGCUACAGUGUUCCGCUUUGAAUUUGGUACGGGUGCAGGUGCCGCUGAUGUUUGUCUGCGAAUUUGACAGUUUUUGGAGGCAACAGGACGUUUGGGAACUCCUGGGUGUACUUGACUGGAGCAGAUGUUAUGGAAUGAUGUACUUGGUGGCUGCGCAGCUGUCAGUGGUCAGAGAUUCAAGCUAUCGGAACAAGCAUGAAAUGGAGGCGUUUGAUAUGCAAGUAUCAUUAUUUGUACCAAGGUCUCACAGUUUGUCAGCCAUGUGGCAUAACAAGGCUUUCACUGAAUUCUCUUAGCAUCGACGGUAGGCCAAUAAAGAUUGAACUCUCCAAGAGCCC